AUGAAGCUUUUGAUAUUAGCCGUGCUACCUUUAGCGUUAGUUUACGCUGGAGCGGAAAAGGAUAUUAGCGGGUUGGUAAAAGGUAAUCAAAACCAACCAGCCGAACAGCCCUUCAAGCAGUUGGCCUCGAAGAAAGAGAAACGGGGAAUCUUCGGACUCGGUGCGUAUGCUCCAGCGGCACCCGUUUACGGACACGCUUUCGCACAUUCGGUCCAUCAGCAUCUGUUACCAGCGGCCGAUCCAUUGACACCAGUCGCCCUACCUGGACCCGCAUUGCCCGCCUUUGCCGGAGGCCCGUAUCUAGGAUCUCACGCUCAUACGCACACGGUGGUUACGAAGAAGGUUGGAAUUCCUAUUCCGGCACCGUACGCAGUACCAGUCGAGAGACCAUACCCCGUACCAGUCAAAGUCCAUGUACCAGUUCCGAUAGAUCGUCCAUACCCGGUGGCUGUUCCACGACCAUAUGCCGUCCCGGUUGAAAAGCCGUAUCCAGUACCGAUUGAUCGUCCCUAUCCGGUAGCCGUGCCACAUCCCGUGCCGGUGCCUGUAAUUAAGCACGUGGGCUAUCCCGUACCGGCACCCGUUCCGGUAGCCAUUCCAAAGCCCGUUCCUGUCCCGGUGCAUACUCCUUAUAUCGUAGAAAAGCCAGUUGUUGCGGCAGUUGCUCCCGAUCCCUGGGCUACUGCCAAGCUUUGGUAA